GAACUAACAUCCAUCACUCAUGGAGCCCGCCAUUGAUUAUUAUACUAUAUUUACAUGUUCUCCCAUUGCAUGCCCUAGCCACGUUACAAACAAUACUUCAUCACUAAAUAAUUUAUUUAUCACCUUUAAAUUCCGACCCAAUCAAGCGUUCUUCUCGUCCUUCAACACAACCUCUUUCUACCAUCUUUUGGCCAAACACAAAACACUCCGACAAUAAACAACCUACGAUACCAAUGGCCUCAUCAUCAGAAACAUCUUCCCAAAACCUCCCUUUGAAACCAAUCCCAGGAAGCUACGGUCUUCCCAUCAUCGGACCCAUGCACGACAGACACGACUACUUUUACAACCAAGGACGCGACCAAUACUUCAAGUCAAGAGUCGAGAAAUACAACUCCACUGUCAUCAGAGUCAACAUGCCACCAGGUGGUUUCAUCGCACCUGACCCUAAAGUCAUCGCUCUCCUCGACGGUGUUUCCUUCCCUAUACUCUUCGACAACGCGAAAGUCGAAAAACGUGACGUCCUCGACGGCACUUUCAUGCCUUCUACCAACUUCUUCGGUGGUUACCGCACCUGCGCCUUUCAAGACACCGCAGAACCUUCCCAUAGUCUCCUCAAACGGUUAAUCUUCUUUAUCCUAUCCUCAAAACACGAUACCUUUUUACCUCUCUUUAUCACAAACCUCUCUGAACAUUUCACCGAUCUCGAGAAAGAACUCUCCAAACACAGCAAAGCAAACUUCAACUCCUCCGUCGGAGUUACCUGUUUCAACUUCCUCUUCAAAUUCAUCACUGACAAAAACCCAACCGAAACAAAAAUCGGUGACUCCGGACCAACGCUUGUCCAAGUAUGGCUCGCAGCACAGCUUGCACCGUUAGCCACAGCUGGUCUGCCAAAAAUAUUCAACUACAUCGAAGAUGUUCUCAUCAGAACCCUUCCGAUCCCGGCUUGGACUGUGAAGUCCAGUUACAACAAGCUUUACGAAGGUAUAAUGGAAGCAGGAACAUCCGUUUUAGACGAAGCUGAAAAGAUGGGAAUAGAAAGAGAAGAAGCUUGUCACAACCUUGUUUUCACUUUAGGUUUCAACGCUUUCGGUGGUUUAACGAACCAGUUUCCGAUCCUGUUAAAAUGGGUCGGGUUAGGUGGUGUGAGUUUACACAAGAAACUUUCCGACGAAAUCAGAACCGUUGUUAAAGAAGAAAACGGUAUCAAUUUCAGAUCGUUGGAUAGGUUGACUUUGACUAAAUCAGUGGUCUACGAAACGAUGAGGAUUGAACCUGCUGUACCGUAUCAAUACGCGAAAGCGAGGGAGGAUCUGGUGGUGCAGAGUCACGAUGCGUCUUUCGAGAUCAAGAAAGGGGAGAUGAUCUUUGGAUAUCAACCGUUCGCUACUAAAGAUCCUAAGAUCUUUGAGAAUCCUGAAGAUUUUGUUGCGGAUAGGUUUGUUGGUGAUGGAGAGAAGAUGUUGAAACACGUGUUCUGGUCCAAUGGACGUGAGACUGAUGAGCCUACACCUGAUAAUAAAAUGUGUCCGGCUAAGGAUCUGGUGGAGCUCUUGUGUAGGGUGUAUUUGGUGGAAUUCUUCUUGCGUUAUGAUACUUUUACCUUUGAUUUUAAACCCUCGGUUUUGGGUCCAAGUAUUACCAUCAAGUCACUCACCAAGGCUUCCUCCACCGUCUGAUCAUUGAUCAUUGAUCAUUGAUCCUCACUGAAUCUACGCGCUUUUUCAUGCGUUUGAGUUUUUUUUUCUUUUUGUUAAUUUUAAUUUCAAUGUUGAUUAUGUAUGAUGAAAUAAAGUUCUUUCUUUAUUGCUAUUAUUGAAACCGUAGCUUCUGGGUGGGAACUGUAAUGAUGGAUUUGGAAAGAAGCAUUAAGGAUUGUUGAUCGUGUUUAAUUUAUUUA